UUGGAAAAAAAUCACGUUUUAUGUCAAAAUUUGAUAUUGUUUCGGUUGUUUCUGUUGUGACCGAGAUAUAAAUGGAUGGAGCCAUGACAGCAUGAAUCAGUCGUAUGAACUGACAAUCAGGGAUGCCUUGGAGUGCUGCUCCAGUCCACUGGAGCUCCAGGCCACUGAUGGCCCCAUUGCUCCCUAUGGAAACAAGUACAGCUCUGAGGCUGGAGUAGAUUCAUGUACCAUGCAGCUGUCCACAGUACCUGCCUUCAAACCUGCAUCCACCUAUGUGUACAAUCAACAGGAGACCUCUUCUUCAUACAGUCCCCUGAGAAGGCUCCAGGACCUGACCUCUAUGGUGAGCAGACCUGAACUGGCUUUGCCAGAGAGGGACCUCCAGAGCCCAAGGAGAGAUCUGCACACGCCAAGCCCCAUGGGAAGGACUGACUUUGGGUCAGCCCUGGCCCAUGUAUCGCCUCCACCUUGCAACAGUGAGACAGGCACUUAUCUACCCAAUCAGGACUUGGAAAAGAACAGCUGCUUCUCGCUGCCCAGUCCGGACUAUUGUCUGGAGCACACCAGUACUAUUCCAAACGGCUACCUGCACUUUGAAUCAACUUUGUUCGAGAACGGGGAGGGCAAGGAGGAAAAUGAUGGCACUUCGCAUUUUGAACAUGGGUCAAAGACAGACAGAAGGAGAAAGGUUAGGGACACAGGCACUUCUUGCAGUCCAAGGGUGGACCCUCCUGCAGAUGCACAGGAAUCUGGUUUUUGCAGACUAAUGGCAAAAAACUUGGAAUUGGGCAUGCCUACAGACAAGCUUUCCCCAUGUCCCAGUGGCCUGGACGAUGUUCGAAUGGGCCACGGGGAGAUUUCGGAUGAAGAUUUGGGCAGUGACUGUGAGCCGCCCUCACUGGGGAGCAGCCCCUCUGGAUUUAGGACAGCCGUUUCUGGCAGUGACCCAUCCCAAAACACGGCUGACCUCAGUAUCGUCUCACCCAAUGGCCCUCAUGCCAAUACUCUUAACAGUCCGAAGAGGAAGCUUCCGGUGGCGAAGUACUCAGUGGGGGACAUUAUUUGGGCCAAGUUCAACCGCAGGCCCUGGUGGCCCUGUCAGGUGACCAGCGAGCCGAUGGAUGGAACCUGCUUCAGAAUAAAAGAUUUCAUUGACAGGCCUUGCCAUCAGUACUUUGUCAGGACGUUUGGAGAUAUCUUGGACCAGGCGUGGGUCCCUUCAAAAGCCACUCACACUUUUGAGGGGGGCUACCAGUUCGAAAAUCUGCCAGUACUUAGAAGAAGAGGGAGGCAAAAGGAUGAAAACUACAAGUAUUCGAUACCCAAGCGUUUCCUGGAGUCCUGGAAGGCCAGUGUACUGGAGGCAGAGGCAGUUCUUCCAGAGCCACUAAAGAAGGUCCUUCCAGAUGCCUCCACCGUGAAGAAGAGCUGCUUUGAUGGACCCAUGCCAGGGAAGGAGCAAAAGGUCUCGGCAGCUCCACCCGGCAACUCAGUAACCACAGCGUCCACCCAUGUGGAUCUCUCUGCAGUAGUCUCCAAGAAACCUUCCAAGGCAAAAGAAAGCAGUAAGAAGUGUCCACCAAUUAAGAAGAACUUCUCAAAGUCAGCUGACCUUGAAAAAGAGGGUUCUUUGACCAAAAAAAUAUCUAGCAAUGCUGAUGAGCGUAAAAAGGAGAUUGGAGACUGUCCGUAUUCCGACAUUGACUCUGUGCCAAGGAUUCUGUGUCCUAAAGCCAAUGAACGAUCCUGCAGACCCAACCAUAGUCAGUCAUCCUUGCCCCCUAAGAAAGACACGAGGAAGAUACCGGCACGCAAAAGUUUCAAAGGCCUGUGGUUUAACAGAGCUGGGAAAGGUUUCACUGGAGAUGCAGGCUCUGACUCUGACAAUAGUUCUUUUAGUGAGUCAUUAGUUCAACAUAUGAGUCCAAGUUUUACCAAGUCAAAACAUCAAGACUGCGGUCUUCCAGGACUGGACCAACAAGCCACAUCUCUCCCCGCCAGCAAUCGACUGAUGACAAGGGCCCUGAAAGCUAUGGAGGAGGCCAGUCUGAAAGAGAAGCUGCUGUCUAGCCAAAAUGCUGCAUCCCUUUUGCCAAACGGAGAGUCGGAGGAGGACACCCUGGUUUCAGCUAAAUCACUCCCUGAGCCGUCAGAGUCAGACUCGGACAGCCAUGCACAGUUAACAUCACCAAACGCUGCUAACAGUGACUUUACCAGUGAGACUAAAGCCUCAUCUGCACACAACUCUGCCACUUCCUCCCUGAAAGUCCCUGAAAGUAUAAAGGACAAGAGCCACAAUGGCCCACAGGUAAAGUCUGAAGGCGAGGAGUCCUCAGUCUACUGCAAGUUUGUGGAUUCUUCCGCCACUCAGGUCAAGAAAGAAUUUUGCCUGUCAGAUAUAUCCACUUGUUCCUCACCAGCAAAAUCGCCAAUGGAAGCCUUCCAAGAAGGGAAGGAGAUAUCCUUUCAGUCCCUUGCGGAUAAAGAGGACGGCUCUGGCAAGCCUGCCACCUUUCGGCCAGAUGCAAACUACAAGUUCAGUACCUUUUUGAUGCUGCUAAAGGACAUGCACGAUAGCCGAGAAAAAGACGGAAAGCCGUUAGUGCUGGAAGCAGGACCCUCCAGUGCUCUUAUCAAAGAGGAACCAUCUCUAUUGCCUCCUCUGCCAGGAGAGGAAUCGGCUGGUGAUGAGGCAACGGGUUCCGUAGCACAAAAUGGCGGAAAGGGCAAAGCACAGGCUUCAAAGUCUGCGCACACGAAACCCAAACGAGUGAGGCCCAGGCCAGACAGGCGGAAGGGAAACCUUAAAAGCGGAGGGGAUAGUAACAGCUUUGUUGUCACAAAAGACAAGCAGGCCACAAGCCCAUCUCAAAGUUCAAAAAAGCGGGCCAAAAAGAUCCGACCAUCAUCGGCUAAAAAAAGUGUUGUUACCAUACCUGUGGGACUGGCUGAGCACACUUACGGGAAGGAGGGUGCGCGUGGUCACGCUGAUGGGACAACGCCUGGAUUAGUGUCCCCUCUCUCGACUGGAGAGACGCCCCAUCUCCUAGAUGGCGCUCCUGAGGGUAACUUCACCAGAGUGGCUCCAAAGAAACGCUGGCAAAAGUUUGAGCAAACUGGGGAGUCGGCACAGAUAGAGGAGUAUGACAACUGUUUUAGGGUAGAGAAGCCCUUGACUGAGGUGCCUUCAAAGCUGGGGGAGGCUGGAAGGGACAGAAUGGUGUUUGGUCCAGACCCUUCCAGGUCCUCGCAACCAAAGAGGGGUGAUGACAAGCAGGCUGAAAGUAUUACUGCCAGUAUAAGUGAAGAGAAGGAAGUCUUUCCAGCACAUAAAGAAAGUAAACGCCUUAGGAAACCGAGCAAAAGACUCAUAGAAUGUACGGAAGAAUAUGAACAGUUUUUUUCCACCAAGAAGAAACCGAAGAAGCACUUGGAGUCUUCUGCAAAGGUGUCUCAGUCAAAUAACAGAAUGGCAGAACAUGGAGCAUCUGGGAAGAUAAGGCAAGACCCUCUGAACUCAGUACCAGAGCUGCAGACACCUCCCCCCGAAGAGCAGACUAAGGCUCCUGCAGAACCAGCACCACCAGUCACAGAACAAAAGUCACUCCAAGAUGACCAUGCCCCGCCCAUAGACACACUAACCCCACCCCCAGAGGCAGUCCCCUCCCCUUCUGAAGCAGGAUGUGUGACAGAUGUGGCCAAAAUGCAGCACAAUGCAGAAGCUGAGUGCCAGAGCAGGAAGAGACAGCGAAAGCCCACUAAGAAAAUUCUGGAGUGCUCCAUUGAAGCAGAGCCCAUAUCAAUCCCAAAGAAGAAGGAGUGUAGGCAGCCAGGUAAUUGGGCAGAGGAGGAGUCUGGAGGAGUCCAGGACUAUCGGGAAAAGCUGGAUGAGGUCAGGUCUGUGAAGAAGGAAGUGCCUCCUCUGUCCAGUUCUACAACAAAUGGGGCUCAUUCAGGCUCUGCACAGAAGAACAGGCGUCCCGCCGUGGCCGCCCAUGCACAGGCCAAGAAGCCCCCUGCUCCUGGGAGCCUGCAGGAGGUGCGAGACGAUGACUCCCCCACAGCUGGAGUUUUGGAUGCUGAUGCACAUGUGGACGGCAAGAGUACACUGGAUUCAGAGGAAUUUGCGUGCUACGAUGAUAGCUUGUCAUCGGUGAAGGAGGGGUCCUCGCCUGGCGAUGGAGGGCUCUCCACCAAUAAGAGACUGCCGAUGGAGAAAGGAGGCGCGGCCUCCAUGAAGGAGAAUGUGUGCCAGGUGUGUGAGAAGCCCGGGGAGCUGCUGCUCUGUGAGGGCCAGUGCUGUGGGGCGUUCCACCUGCAGUGCAUCGGCCUCUCCGAGAUGCCCCGGGGCAGGUUUGUCUGUCAGGAGUGCACCUCCGGUGUGCACACCUGCUUUGUGUGCAGAAACCCGGGGAAGGACGUGAGACGCUGCAUGAUUCCGGUGUGCGGGAAGUUUUACCACGGGGAGUGCAUCGCCAGGCACGCGCCGACGGUGCCCCUGCACAGGGGUUUCCGCUGCUCCCUCCACGUCUGUCUGUCCUGCUACAUCACCAACCCGGCCAACCCCUCCGUCUCCAAGGGCCGUCUGACCCGCUGCGUACGGUGCCCGGUGGCCUACCACGCCAAUGACUACUGCAUGGCCGCCGGCAGCGUCGUCCUGGCCAACAACAGCUUCCUGUGUCCCAACCACUUCACCCCUCGCAAGGGCUGCCGAAACCACGAGCACGUCAAUGUCAGCUGGUGCUUCGUUUGCUCCGAAGGGGGCAGUCUCCUGUGCUGUGAGUCGUGCCCUGCUGCUUUCCACCGCGAGUGUCUGAACAUCGAGAUGCCUGAGGGCAGCUGGUUCUGUAACGACUGUCGGGCUGGGAAGAAACCACAUUACAAGGAGGUGGUUUGGGUCAAAGUGGGCCGGUACAGAUGGUGGCCCGCAGAGGUCAGUCACCCUAAAAACAUUCCUGCCAACAUCCUACGCAUGAAGCAUGAGGUUGGGGAGUUCCCUGUGCACUUUUUUGGCUCCAACGACUACCUGUGGACCUAUCAGGCUCGGGUCUUCCCCUACAUGGAGGGAGAUGCCAACAGCAAAGACAAAAUGGGAAAGGGUGUGGACCCCACCUACAAGAAAGCUCUGCGGGAAGCAGCCAAAAGGUUUCAGGAACUGCAGGCAGAGAAAGAACUGAGGCAACUCCAGGAAGACAGAAGGAAUGAUAAGAAACCCCCUCCUUACAGACACAUAAAGGUGAACCGGCCGGUGGGCAAGGUGCAGAUCAUCACGGCCGACCUGUCAGAGAUCCCGCGCUGCAACUGCAAGGCGACGGACGAGAACCCGUGCGGCAUGGACUCGGAGUGCAUCAACCGCAUGCUGAUGUACGAGUGCCACCCGCAGGUGUGCCCGGCGGGCGAGCGCUGCCAGAACCAGUGCUUCACCAAGCGCCAGUACACCCAGGUGGAGAUCUUCCGCACACUGGCGCGGGGCUGGGGCCUGCGCGGCGCCUUCGACAUCAAAAAGGGUGAGUUUGUGAGCGAGUACGUGGGGGAGGUGAUUGACGAGGAGGAGUGCCGGGCGAGGAUCAAGCACGCGCAGGAAAACGACAUCUGCAACUUCUACAUGCUGACCCUGGACAAGGACCGGAUCAUCGAUGCCGGGCCCAAAGGGAACCAGGCCCGUUUCAUGAACCACAGCUGCCAGCCCAACUGCGAGACGCAGAAGUGGACGGUGAAUGGGGACACACGAGUGGGACUCUUCGCUCUGAUGGACAUCCCUGCAGGCACAGAGUUCACCUUUAACUAUAACCUGGAGUGCCUGGGCAACGGAAGGACCGUGUGCAAGUGUGGGGCUCCCAACUGUAGCGGCUUCCUGGGAGUCAGGCCAAAGAACCAGCCGUCCUCAGACGACAAAUCCCGCAAGCAGAAGAAGAAGGUUCCCAUGAAGCGCAAGAGCGUGCUGGAGGUGACCAAGGAGCGCGAGGACGAGUGCUUCAGCUGCGGGGACGGGGGACAGCUCGUGUCCUGCAAGAAGCCCGGCUGCCCCAAGGUGUACCACGCCGACUGCCUCAACCUGACCAAGCGGCCCGCAGGGCGCUGGGAGUGCCCGUGGCACCAGUGCGACGUGUGCGGGAAGGAGGCGGCCUCCUUCUGCGAGAUGUGCCCCAGCUCCUACUGCGCGCGGCACCGGGACAGCAUGCUCUUCAUCUCCAAGCUGGACGGCCGGCUCUCCUGCAGCGAGCAUGACCCCUGUGGGCCCGACCCGCUGGAGCCCGGCGAGGUCCGUGAGUACCGCCCCGCCCCCGCGCCGGGUGCCACGGCGACCAACGGGGGGAGCGCGGCCGGGACGGAGCCCGUCGCCGCCGGCGCCCCGUCCGAGGCCCCGUCCCAGCCCAGGUCCGCAUCUACCCCCCUCGCCCCCAGCUCCGCCCCCUCGCCUCGUUCGGGGGCCUCUUGCGGCGCGAAAGGGAUCGACGUCACCCAGAACACCCCUUACUCUCCGGUCUCCUCGUACGAGGACGGCAAAGAGGAAGAUGAGGAUGCUGAGGAGGAGGAAGAACGUGGAAGGGUGGAAGGGGAUUUGGGUGAAGGAGAGUUCGAGGAAGGUGAAGUGAAGGGGCUUGCGGAUGAGGGUGAGUUCGAUGAAGUUGAAGUGAAGGGGAUUGCCGAUGAGGGCGUGGUGCUGGACCUGGGAGAUGAGGAGGAGGAGAUGGAGGCGGGGGAGGUGGAGGAACCGGAUGAGUAUGGAGAGGUGGAGCAGGGGGAGGUUGAGGAGGAGGACCGGGAGGGACGAGGAAAGAGGGGUAAAUGA